GAUGGUGGGUGUGUCCAGUGAAAGGUCUAAAAGUGAAGAUGAACACUACUGAGGCUGAAUUUGAUCGAGAAGCUGUCCGGAUGUUAAGGAAUAUUGGACUCAAGGGUGUUGAAGAACUCAAUUAUUUCCAAAGAUCUAGUAAUAGUAGUAAAACGUGGAAAGAAGGGCUGAGAAAACCGUCAAAACCUCGUGUGAGGCGAAUUCGUACUGUUGACUCGAACCCUACAACCACGGUUUUAAGGUGCGCUUCACCAGCCGAAGAAUCUUUAUGCCGAUCAAAGGUACUACUAUCAUCCACGAAUUCAUCCGGAUCUCACUCCUUUCGUCACGAACGUCUUACACAGACCAAAUCCGCGCCUGAAGGGAGCGAUGUUUCACCUGCUCCGUGUUUGUCUGAGCCGACUGUUUUUAAAGUCACGUCUACCUGCAUACCACCGCCUGUAAGCCGGCCAGUUAAAAUGGGUGCUCCAACUCAAACACGAAGUGUUGAAAAGCAGACUGAAACGAAGGUACUCUCAGUUCAGAGGCCGUCUCUAAAAAUUCUCUCUAUGGAAACCACAGGCGUAAAACAUGUUACCUCAUCUUUAGUGUCAUCGCGAAAGGAAGUUGACAGCUCGAUUACACCCAAGCCUUUACUUCCGCUUAAUGUGUAUGAUCGCUUAGAAAAGUACCAAGAUUGUUGUCAUUCUUCAUUUGAACUGCCUGAUAAAGAAACUAAAGGUAGUGGUAGUCCAUCAAGCCUUGGAUUCCUGUCUUCUCCAAAUGCUGCUAACUGUGCACGAGGAAGCGCAACAGUAAUUAUGGUGGACCCAGAUAAUGACCAUGAAUCACUUCAGAACCGAAUCUUGUCAGAUAGUCCUGACCCAGCAACUGCUUCCAACACAAUGCAGACUCUUAGCACCCUCACGGAUGUGGUUAAUCCAGCAUCAAGUACAGAUGAACAGACCGAAAGUCCUUAUCGCUGCACAGCAAUUUCUGUCUCAGAAAGUCUCGUUUGCACUAAUAGAGUGGAGCAAAUGUGUGGCGGGUUUGACUUAUCGCGCAAUAAGGACCAUGUAGAAACUAAACCUGGGUGUUCAGCAUCGGAUCCACCGUUAGUGCAAUCAAACACAGGAGAGCAUGAUGCUGUAUUACAGUCUAAGGUGAAUGAAGUUAGUCUUGACGACCAAGAUGAUUUGUUUGGUGAGUUUAUGUGGCAUAGUGUUUACUGUGCAUAUUAAUCAAGGAAACCCAUUCUUUUAGGAUACUGCCACAAAUGUGAUGAGGCUAUUGUUGGAGAAGAAACUGGAUGCUUAGCUCUUGGAAAAGUUUAUCACACUCUUUGUCUGACUUGUUCCCACUGCCAGAAACCACUGUCUGGGAAGUUAUUCUACACUGUCGACCAGGCCGUAUUAUGUGAAAAGCAUUAUAUGAAAAGUCUUCAGCGAUGCCAUUUUUGCAACCAAAGAAUAAAAGAUAAGGUACAAUCUUGUUUUUGAAUAAUCUAC